CUUAUCAUACGUAGUGUGUCGACACUUCCGGGAGCUCCAUGUGUUUAGUCUUUCGUUCGCUCCAGAGAAAUUGACCACAAUGCCGAAAGCGAAGAAGUCUAGUAAAAAGAAGUCAAGGUUCCAAUACAACGUGAACAGGAAAAAACUAAAACAGAAGUUGCAGAAGAAGGCCGCUCCGAGGAUAGAAUGCCCGCAGAUCCGAAACGCGUGGAACGACAAAAAGACGGUGGCUCAGAACCUGAAGGAGAUGGGUUUGUCGUUCGACCCCAACAGCUCUAUCCCUCUGCCCAGGAAAAAGAUUCCUGGGGUUGCAACAGAAGAAAAGAAAACUCCAGUUAGUGUGAAAAAACCAUACGUGGUCAAAGAGUUGGAGGAAGAGGCAAAUGUUCCGAGGGAAAACAAGUUAACAGUUUCCAGAGAUCUCGCUGAAUAUGUGCAGCACAUGAUAAGAGAGCACAAUGAUGACUAUAAGGCUAUGGCCAGAGAUGAGAAGAACUACUACCAGGACACACCAAAACAAAUAAAGAGGAAAGUGGAUCUGUACAAACACUGUCAUCCAAAGGAGUAUGCAGCUUUCAUGGAAUCACUGAAGGCUUUGAAGUGAUAAGCUAUAAAUAUGCGAUAGCUGACCGAGAUAAAGGCCAGCUCUGUAAAGAGCCAACAACCUUCGGAUAGGCCUUAUGGACCUUUCUGUGGUUAGUUUCAAGCACUGAUUCUGGUGAGCAAAUCUCCAGAAUGUAUACCUGUUUCCAAGACUGCGCUGGCUCCCAAGUUCUGUAUUCUGUACAGACAAUAACAAUGUUGGUGUUUUUAAACAUGAGAAGGAAAUGCAAGUCAAGCAUUUUUUACAACAUUUUAAUUUGAUCAGCUAUUGAAUCCUUUCUGUACAUAACAUGAAUAUUGUGAAGUAAUACAGUAAUUCCAUUAAUUACAACCACAGGGUUUUUUUAGAAUGGAGAAAAUCUGAUCUAGACUUCAUCAGUUUUCUAUAUGAAAAUAUGUAAUGAAAAAUAUUUAAAUGUUCAGUUAGAACUUGACCUACCGAGUGUUUUGUGAACAAAUACGGCAAUACUUUGUGUGGAAAAAUAAAAUUGACAUGAAAUUUC